CAAUCGUUGCUCAGUGGCACGUCAAACAUCGAAUCCUGGCAACGGGAAUAACAGUUUCGGGUGGCAAUAUAGGGGGCAUGAUCUUGACUGAGCUGGUGCAUAUAAUGCUGGGUAGCAUCGGCUACCGCUGGUCGCUGCGCGUACUGGGGCUACUUGUUGCUGCAAUUGGCGGUUCUGCGUCAUUGGUUUAUAAGCCCCGAGUGUCGGUUCCAAAGAGCGGGAAUGCCAGGCUGCUGUAUAUGCUGUGUAAAGACCCGCGUUUUCUGUGUGUUUGUAGUGCUGUCACACUCAUCAGAAUGGGGUACUUCGAACCAGUCCUUUAUGUGCCAACAGCCGCUGCUAAGGAAACCGGAAUGAAAUCAACUGCAUCGAAUAUUGUACUGGUAUUUAAUGCUGGGACGACAAUUGGACGUAUACUUUCCGGUCCAAUUUCGGCUGUACUUGGCCCUCACAACACCAACCUGUUGGCAAAUAUCCUGGCAUCACUUGUGAUAUUUGUGUUUCUGUUAGUGGUCAAAACAGCGGCUGGGUACUACGCCUUCAGUGUGAUUUUCAGUAUCCUCUCGUCCCUAUAUUUGGCUAUCAAUACGCACAUAGCGGCAAACGAGUUUGGCACGCAUGCCAUUGCUUCAUCAGUAGGGCUUACCAUAGCGUUCUCUGGAAUCGGUGUGCUUAUCGGUAUCCCAGUACAGGGCGCUCUAUACGAAAAAUAUGAUCGUCCCAAUGAUAGGAUUACAGCCGUUUCUGUAUGGGCUGGCAUAUGCUAUGCCUCUGUGUCUAUGUGUUAUGCUAUCUUGCGUAGUUUGGUCGCCAGAAAACAGAGUGGCUCAUAUUUUUCAAAGAUGUAGCCGGUAUUUUAUAAUGCAUUUC